AACCUGGCCGCAGCGGUAGCUGCCUCUGCCCUAUCCCAAAAGAUGGCACGCGGUCUCGACGUCCCCUCUCUGGACGUGCCUGAAUGCCCUGCUGUUGGCACAGUCGCUUACAACACAUCCGUUCCCAACAAUGACACCGCCGCCUUUCCCGAGACGAAAGCUUCUCUUUGCUAUGACGACAGCUUCAUCCGCAUCACCUUCACUGCUCUCCAGGAGGAGUACUUUUACUACAACAAUAGUGUCCCCACCAAUGGGGACAUCUAUGACUACGAGGUGAUGGAGGCAUUCAUCUACAGGGGAGUGAAUGACCCCCAGACCUAUCUCGAGUUCGAAGUGGCCCCCAACAACGUCACGUUCUCCGCAUGGAUCUAUAAUCCAUCCAAGGUCCGCGCCACCGGUGCAGCCUUCACGGGCGCCUACAUCACCUCGCUCGUAGCGGAUCAGCUUUCCGCCAACACCACUAUCGUCAGGUCUGAGGACCUGUGGUACUCCCACGUGCAGAUCCCCCUGGGUUUCUUCAAUGUUGACACGGGCAAGGCCAAGGGCACGCGCUGGCGAAUGAACUUUUUCCGCACCGUCACCUCGGCCGAGCUCUUCCCCACCCAGUAUUAUGGUGCCUGGAAUCCUCCCAAUGAGACCAACUUCCAUAUGACGCCCUUCUUUGGUCAUGUAUACUUUGUCUGAUUGUUCUGGCAUAUCAAUGGAUUGUUAGCAUCUAUUGGGGAGUGGUGUCACAUGAGUUUUUCUGGUUAAUGUAUAUGGGAGGCAUGGGUGGGUGAGGAUACUCCCUAUUAACUAUAAGGCAGAUCUCUGCAGGUAAUCAAUAAAUGAAUAUGGAAUC